GUUAUGAGGAGGUUAGUUAAAGCUACGGGGUACAGUGAUGCUAUUGCAGCUUUUCGAGAGAGAAAAAUUUGGUGUUCGCCGAGAUGGAGAGGCAGCUGCUGUGUUAAUGGCUGCUUUGGUUAAGGGGAAUGCCUUAGACAGUGUUGAUCAUGCUUAUCAAGUGUUUAUUGAGUUCAAGGAACUUAUACCUCUGACCUCAAUUUGUUUCGAUAUCUUGAUAAAUGGUUUUUGCAAAGCUAAGAAGCUAGAAGAUGCUAGGAAGAUUAUGGAUGAGAUGGAGAAACAUGGGUAUCAACCCAAUGUUGCUUCUUAUACCAGCUUUAUUGACGCUUACAGUCGCGAAAGGGAUCGUAGCAAAGUUGAUGCUGUAUUGGAUGAAAUGCAAGAGAAGGGUUGCAAGCCAAAUAUAGUGACUUACACACUCAUUAUGAAAGCUCGCUGUGAGGCAGGUGAGAUUACUCAAGCAUUGGCGGUUUAUGAGAAGAUUAAGAGUGAUGGUUGUUUACCGGACAAUUCAUUUUUCAGUUUAUUGAUUUCCAUCCUGAGCAAGGCAGAUAGACUUAAUGAUGCACGUAAAAUAUUUGAGGACAUGGAAAGGCAAAAUAUAAAGCCAAAUGUAUGGGCAUAUAAUGCCAUGAUUUCUUCUGCUUGUGCACAUUUGAUAGAAGAGGGGACAUUGAAAUGGCUACAGAAAAUGGAAGAGGAUUCAUGCGAGCCAGAUCGUCUUACUUAUCCGCCAUUGCUUCAUUUGUGCUUCAGGAAGAAUAGGAUGAAGGUGCUGAACUUUCUGUUAAACCACAUGUUUAAGAACGACCUAAGUAUUGAUCUUGGAAUAUAUGCCCUUCUGGUGAGUGGGUUUUGUAAGAGUGGGAAACUUGAGCUGGCUUGCUCAUAGUUCGGGGAAAUGGUGCUUAAGGGAAUGGUCCCCUAUCAAUCAGCAUACAAAGUGCUGGUCAAGGAACUUGGUGAAAAGAACAUGGUCGAAACAAAGCAAUGGAUUGAAAAUUUGAUGGUCCAGGCAGAAGAGCGAAGGAAGCAGAGAGUCCUGGGUGUAUAAACAUAAAUGCUACCG